CCCAGAUCCAACCCAACGCUCAUUCCAGUGAAACCAUCCGAUCAAGUGGGGAUGGACGGGGUUCCGCCAGUCGCCCGAGGCAUAUCUCCCAAGAAGGCCAUGCUUGAUCUUGUUGCGGCUUGCUGGAAUAUCUCUUGCUCCCACAGACGUCUUCUUCAUCCUUCUCCCUCCAUCACCUAACCGCCUACACUUCAUCAGUCGUCUUCCACCAUGCCUCACAAGACGUUGACCCGUGAGGAAGUCGCCAAGCACAACACCGGCGACGACCUAUGGUGUAUUAUUGACCACAAGGUCUACGACCUCACCGAUUUCGUGGACGGACACCCGGGAGGUGCCGUUGUGCUCGAGCAGGUCGCCGGAAAGGACGCAACUUCGGCUUUCUACAACCUGCACAGGCAGGAAGUACUCACCAAGUAUGAGAAGCUAUGCAUUGGCAUCAUUGAGGGCGAGAAGCCCGAGGUCGUUACCCCCGGCAUCGGCGAACUCUCCCCCGUUCCCUACGCAGAGCCCCUAUGGCUGCGCCCGCAGUUCAAGUCGCCCUACUUCAACGAGAGCCAUCGUGCGCUGCAGCGCAAGGUUCGCGAGUUCGUCGAGACAUACGUCAAGCCCGAAGCACAGGAGAAGGAGAGGGAUGGCACAUAUAUAUCCCAGGAGCUCAUUGACCGCAUGGCAAAGAACGACCUUCUUGCCAUGCGUCUUGGCCCCGGAAAGCACCUCCACGGCAAGAACUUGCUUGGUGUCGUGAAGGGCGAGCAGUUCGAUUAUCUGCACGAUAUGAUCCAGGCACAGGAGUUCGUCAGGGCGAAUGCUCGUGGUUUCCAGGACGGCAACAUGGCCGGCAUGAUGAUUUCCCUGACGGCUGUGCUGCAAUGGAUGCCCGAGAGCCCCUUGAAGACGAAGGUUGUAAAUGAGGUGUUGAGUGGACAGAAGAAGAUGUGCUUGGCCAUUACCGAGGCCUUUGCUGGUUCCGACGUCGCCGGUCUCCGCACGACCGCUGAGAAGACGCCCGACGGCAAGCACUACAUUGUCCGCGGAACCAAGAAGUGGAUCACCAACGGCAUGUUCUCCGACUACUUCGUUACUGGAUGUCGGACUCCCAAGGGCUUCUCCGUGCUCCUGAUCCCCAGACAGGAGGGAGUCGAUACCAAACUCAUCAAGACUAGCUACUCCACCACUGCUGGAACGGCCUUCAUCGAGUUCAGCAACGUCAAGGUUCCCGUUGGAAACCUGCUUGGCGAGGAGGACAAGGGUUUCAUCGUCAUCCUUUCGAACUUUAAUCAUGAGAGAUUUAUGAUGUGUUGUGGCGUCAUUCGUCAGUCUCGCACUAUCGUCGAGGAAUGCCUCAAGUGGUGCAACCAGCGCAUCGUCUUCGGCAAGAAGCUCAUUGAGCAGCCGGCCAUCCGCCAGAAGCUCGCAAAGAUGAUCUCCCACGUCGAGGCCAAUCAGGCUUGGCUGGAGUCCAUCGCCUACCAGAUGAACAACAUGACGUACGCACAGCAGUCGAAGCACCUCGGCGGCCCGAUCGGUCUUCUGAAGUCCUUCGCUACGCGCUCCGCGCAUGAGAUCGCUGACGAGGCCGUCAACAUCUUUGGUGGAAGAGGCCUCACUCAGUCCGGUAUGGGCAAGGUGGUGGAACAGUUCCAUCGGACGUACAAGUUCGACGCCAUUCUCGGUGGUACCGAGGAGAUUCUUGCAGACCUCGGCGUGCGGCAAGCGAUGAAGGAGAUGCCCAAGUGCAUGUUGUAGAUUUGGAACGCUUCAUAUAAUGUAGUAUAUUCUCAACAUUGACGUUUG